AUGCAGACGAUCACCUGUGACCCCGUUCCAGAAAGAUAUCCCAACAAGGAGCUUGCCAUGCGCGCCAACCUCGCCUCUGUCUUCACGCAGACCCCCUUCUGGACACCGAACUUCAAGAAUAACAAAGAUGCGAAAGCCAUGUUUCCGAAGGACCAACAUGCGUUGCAUGCCGCGGAGAUCGCAGCCCUCCAGGCCGAGAUCGACGCCUCCGCGAUCGACGGCGUGGCGCUGAUGGAGUCGCUGCAGAGCUGGGUGGUCGCCCAGUGCGACGAGCGGCACUUCGUCUGCGCCAUCUGCGGCCGGCGCUCCAUCGUCAGCCUCACCGACCUCCGCAUCGACACCAGAAAGGGUACAGCGGUCUGCAUGUGCUGCGUCGCCAUGCCCGGGGUGCCGACGGCGAUCCUGCAGGACCACCCCGUCGUGGAGGUCUUCGCCGGCAUGUGCGGUAGGGAGAUCGCCACCCGCUUCCCGGGGUCCCAGGUAAGAAUGAUCUUCAACCGCACCAUCUGCGGGAGGGACGGCAACAGCACCCGCCCCGACGUCUCCCUCUUCGUGGAGUUCGCCGGCAUGCACAUCACGCUGCUCAUCGAGGUGGACGCGGACAAGAAGGACUGGAAAGACAUGCAAACGAGAGACAACAAGCUGAUGAGCGAGAGCUACAAGGUCUUCGAAAAAACGAACAACGUCAUCUCGGCGGUGCUGCGCUUCAAGACGUCCCUAGUGGGCAACGUGUUCCCGACGCACCUGUACCUGAGCCUCUGGCGGGUCAUCGAGCGCUUUGUGCUCUACAUGUGGAACGACGAGCACACCGCAGACCAGACAAAAACCACCCGCGUCUUUAUCAACUACCCCACCGGCUACUACAACAAGCUCGGGGUGAGGAUGCAGUGCACCAACGAGUGGGGAUCGGGUAUGAUGAAGCUGCUGAUGCAAGAGGACGCAGGAAAUAGGAAAGACUUUUCGGAGGAUCCCUUCGAACUUCAACCAAAGAUCAAGACAUCGUCUUUCACAUUCAUGCAAGAGAAGGCCUUUGCAUACAUAAUCCUGCGGGACAUUGCCACCAACCCCUACAUCGCGGUCUACCUCCACGGUAAGUUCCACCUGGGCGAGAUCCAGGGAAUGACCUUCCUCGCCGCCGCGCAGUCCCCCGCGCAGGUCAACGUGCGUUACUUCAACGGGUUGAAGGCGUACAUGUCACAGGCCGCCAACCUCAACUCCGACAGCAUCCGGACCGGGAAGUACCUCCUCGUCAAGCACGUCCUCGUCACCCGGUACCUGGGCGCACUCCGCGGGAUUCCGGAGGACGACGCGGAGAGGGUGGUGCGGUGCAACAGGAUGCAGGCUGCCAUGCGGAUGAUGUUGGUGCAGAUGCGGCUUUGA